CGAACAGUGACCGGCAUAAAGCUGUUUUGCUCGCAAAUAAACAAUAUUGUUUAUACAUUUAGCUUAAAUUUCAGCAAGCGUAGGGCUUCAUUAAACGCGCCACCCCCCACAAGUUUGAAUCAUGGAGAAGCGCGUCACUGUGUUGCUGCCCAACAAUCGCCGCCACAAUGUUACAGUCAAGCCAGACAUGACCUUGCUUGAAAUCCUCGAGAUUGCCUGUGCGAAGCAUGGCUUUGAUAGUGAAUUGCAUUGCUUAAAGUUUCACAACAAGGAGGUCAGUCUGACUCAGCAGUUUCGCUUUAGUGGCUUGCCAAACAACUGUGUGCUGGAAAUGGAGCCCACGGACAAGCGGCGGACUAUGAGCAACGUUCUUGUAUGCAUUCAGUUGAGCGACGGCGCGCGUCAACAAGCAGAAUUUGCGCCAAACACGACAGUGUGGCAAGUGGUGCAGCAGCUGUGGGGCAUCCAAUCUGAAUCCUAUCAGAGCCCGGUCAUCGUCUACAUGCGUAGUGAGGUAAUUGGCAGGGAAAGUAUGCAGAGCACCACGCUUAAGUCGCUAGGCAUACUGGAAGGGCGAGCCAUGAUGCGCCUGCUCGAUAAGAAACCUGAGGAGCUAAAAACCCAAGCCAACGUUUAUAAGCCAGCUGAGGUGAAGCCCAAAGCAAAAGAUGAUGACGAACAGCCGAGCACAUCUAGGUCUGCAAUGGCUGCUGCUGGCGGUUCCGGCGGCUUUGCGCUGACCAGCAACAUGUUAAAAACACUUAAACGUGCAGCUCCCGAUGAGCAGCCUGGCCCGAAUGAAGCGUCCACUAGCGAAGUGCAGAAGACACAGAAUAACGAUGAGCCAGAGCGGCCAAAAUAUGACUGGGGUAGUGGAUCGGGCUAUGCACUGCAUCAGCCAAAGCCACAGGAUAAAUUCAGUGAAGAAGGCGAUGACAGUCCGGAAAAGCAGGUACCGGUAGUCAAUGUGAUUGGCCCCAGACAUGCCGUGCUAUUCUCGCUAGAUGCCAGCAAUAAGAAUAACGAUGACUUGCCUGAUUCAUUUUUUGAUUUCACCGUCAAUGAUCUGAAAAUGGUUUUGAGAGAUCUAAAGCGCACGGCUUCAGGCAAUGAAGAUGCGCCGCUGCUCACGGCAAAUCUACGCGAGUUGGAACGUCAAAAGGCCAUGCUAACCAAACUAAAUCAAUACAAAGACUGUGUGCUGCGCAUACAGUUUCCCGAUCGCUUUGUCCUACAGGGAAUGUUCAAGCCACACGAACUACUUGGCAAGGUGGAGGAAUUUGUGCGUGAGUUUCUUGCACAGCCCAGCGAGCAGUUUCAUUUGUUUACCAUACCACCAAAGAAGAUACUACCGCCCAGCGAAACACUGCUUGAGCUCAACUGUGUACCCAACGCCGUGCUGCAUUUUUCCUACGUUCAGGAGAGUCUGAAUACAACAAUCAAACGCUUUCUGCAGGAAAAAUACACGGAGCAGCUGACCUCCGAAGAAGGUGCUCACUUUGCAGUGCAAAAGUAUCGCAUCACCAAGGCAAGUGUAAGUUCCAGUAGUUAAUCGUCAACAACGUCAAAUGUAUGGCUUUAAGCAAACAGUUUUGGGUGAUAUUAAAGAACAUUUGCUUUAUUUCAAAA